AUGUCGCACAAGUCAAUAGUUUCAAUUAUACUUUUGGCAAUAUUCUGUUGUUCGGGUAUUCAACUGGGAAAUGCUGCGAGAAUAUUAGCCAUAGAGACGUUUGCUGGCAAGAGUCAUUGGAAUUUCAUGAGCGCCGUGCUUCGGGCAAUGACGAACAAUGGACAUAAUGUUACAGUUUUCACACCAUUCCUUGACGGUAAUCGCGAAAACUAUACAGAAAUAGACAUGUCUAGUAUGUUUCCAAUGAAACUUGGCAUGAAUAUAGUAAGUAAGAGAGAAACAUAUAGCAAUCAGUUUACGCCAAUUUCAUUUAUGAUGGAAUUGGGUAGACUAAGUUGCGAGAUAUUACACAAUAAUGAACAACUAAAUGAUUUUCUUGCAAACAAAUUGCAAUCCGAUUUUGAUGCAGUUGUUUAUGAACCUGGAAUAGUGUCGGGUUGUUUAUCGUACCUGGGAGCAAACUCAAAUUUGCCAGUGAUCCACACGCUUCCAAUUCCAAUAAAUACUUAUACAGAACGUAUCACUUAUGGCGAGGUCCAUAAUCCAGCAACGGUAUCAACAAUGUUAUUUCAUUCCGCUGUUCCUAAGACGUUCGUUCAACGGUUAACUAAUACACUUGUUUGGUUGUACACCAGUAUAGUAGUCAGAUUUCAAGAAUUGUUAAUUCAAUUAUUCAAUUCAAAACCUUAUGACUUAGCAACCAUAAAUCCUCCGUCAUUGGUCUUUAUGAACACUCAUUUCAUAAGCGAUAAGCCUAGACCAACUCCGUCAAACGUUGUGAAUAUUGGUGGCAUUCACUUAAAACCACCCAAAAAAAUACCUCAAGAUAUAUUAGACUUUAUUGAAGAUGCACCACAUGGAGUCAUUUUAUUCACAUUUGGUUCAACCACUUCAAUGACUUCACUUCCAAGAAAUAUUCUAACUGCGUUUAAAGAAGCAAUUUCUGAACUUCCUCAGAAAGUUUUAUUGAAAUAUGAAGGGGAAAUGGAAGAUAAACCUAAAAAUGUCAUGACAAGAAAAUGGUUACCUCAAAGAGAUAUUCUGUUGCACAAAAAUGUUAAGCUCUUCGUCAGUCAUGGUGGAAUAUCGGGAUUGUAUGAAGCAGUAGACGCUGGAGUUCCAGUCUUAGGAUUUCCAUUAUUCGGUGAUCAGCAUAGAAACAUAGAUAAUUUAGUUGAGGCAGGCAUGGCUAUAUCUAUGGAAAUAUUUUCGGUUACUAAAGAAACUUUUUUUAAAAAUAUAUUGGAUCUUGUUAAUGAUGAAGAAUACAUUAAAAAUGCCAAAAUUACUUCAGAGAUAUUUAAAGACCGACCAAUGUCACCAGAAAAGUCUGUUGCUUACUGGACAGAAUAUGUUAUUCGUCACAAAGGAGCACCACACCUAAAAUCUCAAGCUCUUAAUUUAACGUGGUAUCAAUACUUUUUAUUAGAUAUAAUUGCUGUAAUGCUUAUAUUUAUUUACAUUUUUGUACUAAUUGUUUUAAAAUUAUUUAAGUUUAUUCGUACAUUUAUUCAUACAUUUAUUCGUACAUUUUACGCAAAGAUAUAUUCAUCAUUCUCUAAAGUAAAAUCUGAUUGA